AUGUUGGCCAAUCUCAAAACCUAUCUGAAAGGCCAGGAAUCAAGGCCCGGGGAGGAGAGACUGCUGCGAAAGCUGGAUUUCUUCAUCCUCUCAUUUUGUUGUUUGACAUACUUUUUCAAUUACCUAGAUCGCUCCAACCUGUCUAACGCGUAUGUAUCGGGCAUGAAAGAGGAGCUCAACUUCCAAGGAAACCAAUUGAAUGUUAUCAAUACCAUUUUUACUGUCGGCUAUAUCCUCGGUCAAAUACCCUCGAAUUUGGCAUUGACCUAUAUUGCUCCCCGCAUCUUUUUCCCUACCAUGAUUGUUUUCUGGGGCGGUCUUACCAUGAUCACAGCCGCCGUGCACAAUCCCCAGGGCAUCAUGGCUAUUAGGUUUUUCUUGGGGUUGGCGGAAUCCAGUACCUUCGCUGGAACUCAUUACAUUCUUGGUGCUUGGUAUACUGAGAAAGAGCUGGGCAAACGAAGCGGCAUCUUCACUGCCUCCGGACUCGCCGGUACCAUGUUUGGAGGCUUCAUCCAGGCAGGCAUCCAUUCAUCGCUCGAUGGGGCCCGUGGACUAUCCGGUUGGCGAUGGCUCUUCAUCAUCGACGGACUAAUCACCCUCCCCAUCGCACUCUAUGGACUGUUCCUAUUCCCUGAUACUCCUGCCACGACCCGGGCGCCAUAUCUCUCUGCUUCCGAGCGAGCUCUGGCUAUUUCCCGUAUGCCGGAGGCAAGCGCAGCGAGGUCGCGCUUAGACAUGGCCUUUGCGAAGAAGAUAUUCGGCACCUGGUACUGGUAUGGCUUCGUCAUGCUCUGGAUCAUCGCCGGUGAGACAGAAUCCUUCUCAACCAACACCCUGCUCGCACUCUACAUGAAGUCCCACCCGACCAACAAAUAUACCGUCUCGCAGCUAAACAACUAUCCAUCGGGAGUGCCCGCCGUGGGUAUUGUGUCGACCUUAUUUUGGGCUACGUUAACCGAUUUUAUGGGCGGGAAACGCUAUCUAGUAGGGUUCUUCAUUGGGAUCACCGGCAUUAUCACCUCUGCACUGAUUCUGACUCAGUUCUCCUCCACCGCCACGGUCUUUGGAGCCUAUUACUGGGCCGGCGCAGUAUAUGCCUGUCAGGCUACAUUCUUUGCAUGGUGCAACGAUGUCAUGCGGUACCAGGAUGGUCGGCUGCGCUCAGUGGUAAUUGCCAGUAUGAAUCUGGGAAGUAAUGCCGUCAACGCUUGGUGGAGCAUCCUCUUUUACUCUGCUACUUUUGCCCCGAGGUUUACCAAGGGUAUGUGGGCUAUGAUCGGGUGUUCGAUUGCUCUGAUUCUCUGGACGAGUGGUAUUAUAUAUAUGAACAUGAGAGAGACACGGGAAGGGUUAGAUGGUGUUGAACAGGCUGAAGAGGAAAUAGCGGAGAGGUCAAUUUACAAACCCAAAGACUAG